AUCCAGAUGGUAUAGGGUAGGUAAAAGGAUCCAUUAGCCGCUGACAGGAAAAGCGGAUCCAGCUGUCGACCGUGACCGUGACUUGGACAUCGUGGCAUCCGUCUCGCAACCAAUGGUCACGCAUCCUGGGUACAUGCCCAGCUAACACAUCACCCAUCACAACACGCAACAUGCGCGAGAGAAUAACGUUCAUACACAGUCCCGAAGAUGGCGUGGACCCAGCUGAGCUUGUCUUGGAACCUGCACGUUUAAAGGCGCCUGCCAUCCAAGCAGCACGUGAGGACCGACUUACCGCCGCCCUGGAUGAGCUGCCGAGCCAUGUAUCCCGCCUGCUUCAGGACUUCCGGACCUUGCAUGUGGGCUCGGUGAGCACGGAGCCGUACCAGACUAUUGAGCCGUAUGCGGCGCGACUCUCGCCCGGCUUGCACGUGUCGUAUUCUCUCCUGAAGGAGGGUGAGCCUGAUCUCGAACCACAAAAAUUAUGCGAGCUGCUGCAGGCAUUUGGGUCUUUAGAUUGCAUGUCACGAGAGGCAUUCACCUCCGUCGCGAGCAAGAACGACAAAAACACGCCCCACGACGUGCACUAUUUCUACCAACUCCUUGACCAUUCUCACCUCAUCCUCAAAACCUAUGCUGAUGUUUGCGGCGACAAUGAGGAAUGCCGGUCCCGGGCUCGAGAGCUCAACGACGCCUCGAGCUUGGAAUUCGCCUAUGACGCCGACAAGCCAGUCGCCAAGAUCACAGGUUUCUGGCCAUUCAAGGAGAGAACCCUGGAUAUCACUUCAAGUGAUGGGCGGAGGACUGAAGUCGGCAUCAUGGCGCGAGGCUCCCCUCCUAGCAUGGAGCAACACGACAUUGGGCUCGGAGGCAUCACCCUUGUUCUUGGUGACUCGAAGCGACCUUCGCCCACGCUAUUCAAAUUUGCUGAACGACAUCGAUCCAUGGAGCAAUCCUUCCAAGCCACCUUUAACCAACCGACUGGAUUACACCCGGCCAUGCGAAUCAGCUUGAGCGGCAGUCAGGCGCCUGCAGAGGAUUGCCGCUCCUACGCCUUCCUAACCCUCCCAAAGACCAUCUUUGUAGAUCGAUACCAGCUGCACGACGACUUAUUCAUGGCAUCGAAGAAUCUGACCGCCCUGCGGCACGCUAGUGUUCCGGUAGACCUCGAGGCACCAGCCUAUACAACGAAAACAUGGGGAUCUAACAUUCUUCUCGAGCUCGCCCCUCCAAGUACGACGCAGGAGGAGUGGACGGCCGAAGUACCACUGCAUCUGAGAUACCUUGAGCCCUCGGCCACCGGUGAGCGGGAAAUUCACGUGGCGUACCCAGUGGUGUUCUGGGCAUGUGCUGCGGAGCAAGGCACAAACUUUGCCAUCAACCCCUUUGACAAGGUUGGUCUGGGAUACGAUGACCUCUUCGAUGACGAUACGGUGUACUGGCAUGUCACGCCCCAGCCAGCCAGUGAAAGUGACGGACGGCUGGUGAGUAGCAUCACGGUACCGGUCGUUGACGAGAAAGCGGCUUCUUGGGUUGGUGCUGGUACUGCGGCUGUUGUCGGGUUAGGAUUUCUGUGGGUGCUUUGGCAAUUGGUCCGGGCGCAGACGAACAGUGAUCGGGAGGCAAGGGCUGCAAAGGUCGAAAAGAAGAGCCGAUGAUACUCUUCUAUGGACGGCAAUCAUCAUACGAGUAUGCAGUUCAAUAGAUGAGCCGUUAGAUGUCACCUGCUUAUGCCUCGCGUGUCGUGCCAGGGGGGUCACGUGACCUCAUUCCGCGCUCCGGAGUUCGGACAUAAGCGUCAGUGCUCCUCGACUCGCAAGCAUCACAGGCUCACAGCUCGUGAUAUCUCAACUCGUUGGGUAUCAAUAAGACACGUCUGAACAAUAACGUCGAGAUGUAAUUUGGAAAAG